AAAGCGAAAGUGACUUCAUCAUCAUCAUUUGAACAUUUACACUUCAACGGUGAACAAUUUGAUUCGUGGGAAAAAAAAUUCAAGUUCAAUGAUGAUGAUGACGAUAAAAUUUUGGCUAUUUGAUCAUUUAAUCAAAACAAUUGAUCGAUUAUCAUUGAAUCAUUUGUUCAUUAUCAUCUUGGUGUUUGUCAUCUCAUAUUUCCUGUAUAAAUUUAUUACAUUUGCUGAAAUAAUUGUGGAUUCAAAUGAACAGGUACCGAAAAAUGUACGAAUAUUACCUAAUCAACAGUUGCCACCAUUUUAUCCAAAUGGUUGGAUACCAAUAUUGGAAUCAAGAUUGUUGAAACGUAAUCAAUUAAAAUCAAUAUUAUGUUUUGGAAAAGAAUUAAUAGUGGCUCGUGGUCCAAGUAACAAGGUUUAUGUAUUGGAUGCAUAUUGUCCACAUUUAGGUGCCAAUCUAGCUAUUGGUGGUAUCGUUGAACGAUGUCGUAUUCGUAUCGGUGGUGAUAAAAAUAACAACAAAAUUGUCCAUAAACAAGAAGAGGAUUGUAUUCGAUGUCCAUUUCAUUCAUGGGCAUUUCGAAUGUCCGAUGGUAAUUGUGUGGAUGUACCAUAUGAAGAUAAUGUUCCCAAUGCUAAACUUAAAAUAUGGAAAAGUUUCGAAGUAAAUGGUGUGAUUUUUGUCUGGUAUCAUGAUGAUCCUAAUGUUGAACCAGAAUGGAAACCAGAACAAAUUGAUGAAAUUAUGACAGGAAAAUGGCAAUUUUAUGGCCGUACUGAACAUUAUGUUAAUUGUCAUUUACAAGAAAUACCAGAAAAUGGUGCCGAUAUUGUACAUUUGAACCAGAUUCAUUCAUCAUCAGUAUUUGGUUCUGGUGGUCUUGAAAAUCGUUAUAAUUGGUUCAAUCGUAUAUUGAAACAUGAAUGGAAUGCACAAUGGUCACCAUGUCCGGCACCAGAUCAACAACAUAUAUCACAUUUAGAAAUGAUUAAUACGAAUAAAAUUUUUGGCAUAAAAAUCAUUGAAUUCCGUUUCAAUGUACGACAAAUUGGUCCGGCUUAUGUUGAAAUUCAUUUGAAAAGUGAUAUUUUUGGCGGAAUCGAAGGCGUUAUGAUACAGAUGGUCAAACCGAUUGGCCCGAUGCGAAAUUCAAUUAUUCAUGAUUUUUAUUUCAAUAAUUCCAUAAUCAGUUUUAUUUUCAGUAAAUUUUUCCUGUUUGCUGAAGCAAAAAUGAUUCAACGUGACAUUGAAAUCUGGAAUCGUAAAGCAUUUCUUCGUCGUCCAUAUAUUGGAAAAUCGGAACAAUCAUUGGUCAAAUAUCGUCGAUGGUUUAGUCAAUUUUAUUCGAAUGGUGGUAAAAAUAACAUCGAACAAACGAAAAAUGAUUGUGAUUGGUGAAACAAGAAAAUGGAAAAAAUUUAU